AGAUAUCAAUGAUAACGAAUGAGUUAAUCGAAUGAUAAGGUUUUAUGUGCCUAUAAAAGAGGUUCCUUUCUACUCUCUAUUAUUAGUUAUCAAUUUAUUGAGUACGAGGUGGAGAUAUAUCGUUAAAAGUUUCAUUGAACAGUUUGUUCACGAUGGAAGGAAGCUUUGGAUGGGUCGCAGUAUUUGCGAUCAUCCUAGCUGCAGUAAAUUUAGAAGCAGCCCCUAGGCAAGCAGUACCUACAGUAUGUCCAAGUGAAGAUUCUCUCGAAGAAACGGUUCUACUAGCUCACGAGUCAGAUUGUAGCAAAUUUUACGUUUGCUUUUUAGGUGAAAAAAUUUUAAAAGAGUGUCCAUACAGAAACAGUAGAGGCGAUAGGCUACACUUUAAUCCUCUACUUCAGGUAUGCGUAGAGCCAGAGAAUACGAACAGCAAAGCUACAAAUGAAGAAAAUAUACCUGAGGUAUCUAUAACAGAUAACCUUUUAUCGGAAAAAGUUCCUCAAUCAUCUAGACCAAUAUAUAUAUCACCGAAUAUUCCGGGUGUCCCAGAUCAUUGCCCUCCAGAUGAUUAUGGGAAACUUGUACAUUUGCCUCACGAAACAAAUUGUUCGCUUUUUUACAAAUGCAACAAAGGUGAAAAAAUACUUCAGAAAUGUCCACCAGGUUUACAUUUCAAUCCAGUGAUGCAAAUAUGCCUCACACCGGAACAAUCAAGAUGCACCAGUAAACCAGAAAAUAAAGUCGACGGAAAUCAACAUUUAUCAAAUAUUAAGCAAUCGUUUAGAACGGCUUUUAAAUCGUCUAGACCAGUAUAUAUAUCACCGAAUAUUCCGGGUGUCCCAGAUCAUUGUCCUCCAGAUGAUUAUGGGAAACUUGUACAUUUGCCUCACGAAACAAAUUGUUCGCUUUUCUACAAAUGCAACAAAGGUAAAAAAAUACUUCAGAAAUGUCCACCAGGUUUAGAAUUCAAUCCAGUGAUGCAAAUAUGCCUCACACCGGAACAAUCAAAAUGCACCAGUAAACCAGAAAAUAAAGUCGACGGAAAUCAACAUUUAUCAGAUAUUAAGCAAUCGUUUAGAACGGCUUUUAAAUCGUCUAGACCAGUAUAUAUAUCACCGAAUAUUCCGGGUGUCCCAGAUCAUUGUCCUCCAGAUGAUUAUGGGAAACUUGUACAUUUGCCUCACGAAACAAAUUGUUCGCUUUUCUACAAAUGCAACAAAGGUAAAAAAAUACUUCAGAAAUGUCCACCAGGUUUAGAAUUCAAUCCAGUGAUGCAAAUAUGCCUCACACCGGAACAAUCAAAAUGCACCAGUAAACCAGAAAAUAAAGUAAACGGAAAUCAAGAUUUAUCAGAAAUUGAAGGACUAAAUACUGCGAUUUCUGAAUCAUCGACUCCUGGCAGUAUCCCAGAUCGUUGCCCAUCGCAUGAUACUGGUGAUGUAGUACAUUUGCCUCACGAAACAGAUUGUACGCUUUUUUACAAGUGCGUCGAAGGUGAAAAAGUAAUUCAACAGUGUCCAGGAGGUUUACAUUUCAAUGCGAAUUUGCAAAUCUGCGAUCUACCGGAACAUGCUAAUUGUACCAGCAAACUAGACAAUGAAAUAGACGGAAAUCAAGAUUUAUCAGAAAUUGAAGGACUAAAUACUGCGAUUUCUGAAUCAUCGACUCCUGGCAGUAUCCCAGAUCAUUGCCCAUCACAUGACACUGGUGAUGUAGUACAUUUGCCUCACGAAACAGAUUGUACGCUAUUUUACAAGUGCGUCGAAGGUGAAAAAGUAAUUCAACAGUGUCCAGGAGGUUUACAUUUCAAUGCGAAUUUGCAAAUCUGCGAUCUACCGGAACAUGCUAAUUGUACCAGCAAACUAGACAAUGAAAUAGACGGAAAUCAAGAUUUAUCAGAAAUUGAAGGACUAAAUACUGCGAUUUCUGAAUCAUCGACUCCUGGUAAUAUCCCAGAUCGUUGCCCAUCGCAUGAUACUGGUGAUGUAGUACAUUUGCGUCACGAAACAGAUUGUACGCUAUUUUACAAAUGCGUCGAAGGCAACAAAGUACUUCAGCAAUGUCCAGCAGGUUUACAUUUCAAUCCAGCUUUGCAAGUUUGCGAUUUGCCGGAACAAGCUAAUUGCAGAAGCAAACCAGGCGAUAAUGGAGACGAAAAUCAAGAAUUACCAGUAACUAGGGGAUCAACUAGUGCACCACCUCAAUCAUCGACAGGAAUUCCAACUUCAUCGACUCCUGGCAACAUCCCAGAUCAUUGCCCAUCAGACGAUAAUGGUAAUGUAGUACAUUUGCCUCACGAGACGAACUGUUCGUUGUUCUACAAGUGCCACGAGGGUCAAAAAGUAGUCCUUCAGUGCCCACCACACUUACAUUUCAAUCGAUUUUUGCAAGUUUGCGAUUUGCCGGAACAAGCUAAUUGCAAAAGCAAACCAGGCGAUAAUGGAGACGAAAAUCAAGAAUUACCAGUAACUAGGGGAUCAACUAGUGCACCACCGCAAUCAUCGACAGGAAUUCCAACUUCAUCGAGUCCUGGCAACAUCCCAGAUCAUUGCCCAUCAGACGAUAAUGGUAAUGUAGUACAUUUGCCUCACGAGACGAACUGUUCGUUGUUCUACAAGUGCCACGAGGGUCAAAAAGUUGUCCUUCAGUGCCCACCACACUUACAUUUCAAUCCAGUUUUGCAAGUUUGCGAUUUGCCGGAACAAGCUAAUUGCAAAAGCAAACCAGGCGAUAAUGGAGACGAAAAUCAAGAAUUACCAGUAACUAGGGGAUCAACUAGUGCACCACCUCAAUCAUCGACAGGAAUCCCAACUUCAUCGACUCCUGGCAACAUCCCAGAUCAUUGCCCAUCAGACGAUAAUGGUAAUGUAGUACAUUUGCCUCACGAGACGAACUGUUCGUUGUUCUACAAGUGCCACGAGGGUCAAAAAGUUGUCCUUCAGUGCCCACCACACUUACAUUUCAAUCCAGUUUUGCAAGUUUGCGAUUUGCCGGAACAAGCUAAUUGCAAAAGCAAACCAGGCGAUAAUGGAGACGAAAGUCAAGAAUUACCAGUAACUAGGGGAUCAACUAGUGCACCACCUCAAUCAUCGACAGGAAUCCCAACUUCAUCGACUCCUGGCAACAUCCCAGAUCAUUGCCCAUCAGACGAUAAUGGUAAUGUAGUACAUUUGCCUCACGAGACAAACUGUUCGUUGUUCUACAAGUGCCACGAGGGUCAAAAAGUAGUCCUUCAGUGCCCACCACACUUACAUUUCAAUCCAGUUUUGCAAGUUUGCGAUUUGCCGGAACAAGCUAAUUGCAAAAGCAAACCAGGCGAUAAUGGAGACGAAAAUCAAGAAUUACCAGUAACUAGGGGAUCAACUAGUGCACCACCGCAAUCAUCGACAGGAAUCCCAACUUCAUCGAGUCCUGGCAAUAUCCCAGAUCGUUGCCCAUCGCAUGAUACUGGUGAUGCAGUACAUUUGCGUCACGAAACAGAUUGUACGCUAUUUUACAAAUGCGUCGAAGGUAACAAAGUACUUCAGCAAUGUCCAGCAGGUUUACAUUUCAAUCCAGUUUUGGAAGUUUGCGAUCGACCAGUACAUGCUAAAUGUACAAACUAGGAAGGCGGCGAGGAAGAUAAAUAUUAAAAUGUAACUUAAACUAUCGCAUCAAGUAUCAUAGGUCCUACUUUUAAAGAUCGAUCAAUAUUCUUAAAUAUUUGGAAAGAUUACAUGUUGUCUUAAUAUUUAACAUUUGUAUCUAUCGGUCUCUGUAGCAAUAUAUGAAGUACCUGUUGUAACGAAGAUAUAAAUAUAUAAUAUAUUAAUUGAAUUUAUAAUCACAUUAUAUUGCUUUUAUUAAACUAAAUAUUUUAUUUUUAUUAUUUACUUUCUGAAUUAUUUGUGAUUAUUAUCAAUUAAAAUAGUGCAAAUGAGAUAUUGAGCUUUCGUAAAUGAUGCUUGUAAAUAUUCAUUUAUUAUAACUUGAAGGAACUUACUGUUUAUCUUAAAUCUUAUUGUAUUGAUUAAAUAAAGGUUUCUUUAACUUUU